CAGAGCAAGGAGUGACUGGACAUAAUUGUUAAUCAACUGUCUCGAGUAACUUGGAAUACAACGAUUUGACAAUGGAUAUUUUAGAAAUCCUGCCGCCCAACUUCGGCUUUGUUAUUCUCACGUAUCUCUAUAGCUGGGUCAUGCUGACUUACCUCGGUGUUAACGUUGGUUCUGCAAGAAAGAAAUACAAUGUGAAGUACCCCACCAUGUACAGUGAUAAGGAACCAGUUUUCAACUGCAUCCAGAGGGCACAUCAGAACACACUCGAGGUGUAUCCACAGUGGCUUGUCUUCCAGACUAUUGCUGCUCUGGUCUUUCCGACUGCUGCAUCUGUGCUUGGAGUCAUCUGGGUAACCAGCAGGUUCUCCUAUGCCUGGGGUUACUACACUGGAGAUCCUGCAAAGAGAAUGCAGGGGGCAUAUGGAUACAUCGGCUAUUUGGGUGUCAUCAUCCUCUCCAUCUAUAUUGCUCUGCAGCUGCUGGGGGUUGUUUAAGCUCCCCAAGAGGAAUUUUUAUCAGAAUUUUUGCCCAUUUUUAUCAUAAUCACACAUAAUCAUGUGCAAAUCUGGGAUUUAUCAUCUUAGCACCAUCUUUUUUAAGCCUCAUGCCUUCCAUUUUAUACUUUGAAAUUUUCACCACUAAUUUUGAAAAUGUGAAUGUUAAGUAGAAUGUUAAAUAUCGCACUUGUCAAACUGAAUGACCAAGAGAUGUGAUUUUGCUGUGUGGCAGCACUGAUUAUCAUGAAGGGCACUUGCCAUACCUUAUUUUCAUAUGUUUGUCUCCGUAGAGCAAAAUACAAUAAAAACAAAUUUGAAAAGUC